GAGCUGUAAUCACAUGGAGCUGUUUGUCUGAAUAGGCCCCUCCUUUUUCUCUCUCUCUGCCAAUUAUUAUCAGCUGAAAAUUAAUUAAUCAAUUAAAAUAGAAAAGAAUUAAUACAUACAUACAUAUACAUACUACUUUUUAUUACUUUAUCGAUCAUCAUCUGAACACAGCAGCACCAAGAAAUGGCUGAUGAUAAGGAAAUGGCCGCACAGGUCGUUGAUGGAAAUGGAGCGGAAACUGGUCACAUUAUAUCUACUACAAUCGGAGGCAAGAAUGGAGAACCGAAGCAGACUGUUAGUUAUAUGGCAGAGCGUGUGGUAGGGGCUGGAUCAUUUGGAAUAGUUUUUCAGGCAAAAUGUCUGGAAACAGGAGAAACCGUUGCCAUUAAAAAGGUUUUGCAAGACAGAAGAUAUAAGAAUCGUGAGUUACAGUUAAUGCGGACGAUGGAUCAUCCAAAUGUGGUAUCUUUGAAGCAUUGUUUUUAUUCGACGACAAGCAAAGAUGAGCUAUUUCUGAACCUAGUGAUGGAAUAUGUCCCGGAGACAAUUUUUCGGGUUUUAAAGCAUCACAGCGAUGCACGUCAGAGGAUGCCUCUCAUAUAUGUGAAACUAUACACAUAUCAGAUUUUCAGGGGGCUAGCGUACAUGCAUAUGGUUACUGGAGUAUGUCAUAGGGACUUGAAGCCCCAAAAUGUCUUGGUUGAUCCUCUUACUCAUCAAGUCAAGAUCUGUGACUUUGGAAGUGCAAAAAUGCUAGUGAGGGGAGAAGCAAAUAUAUCGUAUAUCUGCUCUAGGUUUUAUCGGGCUCCCGAACUCAUCUUUGGCGCUACGGAGUACACAACUUCGAUUGAUAUAUGGUCGGCUGGUUGCAUUCUUGCUGAACUUCUUUUGGGGCAGCCACUAUUUCCCGGAGAAAAUGCAGUGGACCAGUUAGUGGAGAUAAUUAAGGUUCUCGGGACACCAACCCGAGAAGAACUUCGCUGUAUGAACCCAAACUACACUGAUUUUAGGUUUCCUCAAGUAAAAGCCCACCCUUGGCAUAAGGUAUUUCAUAAGCGGAUGCCUCCUGAAGCAAUUGAUCUUGCUUCACGACUCCUGCAAUACUCCCCGAGUCUUCGUUGUAAUGCUCUUGAAGCAAUCGCACAUCCUUUCUUUGAUGAGAUUCGGCAACCUAAUGCUCGCUUACCAAAUGGUAGACAAUUACCAUCUCUAUUCAACUUUAAACAAGAGUUAUCUGCAGCAUCUCCGGAGCUUGUGAACAGGCUAAUUCCAGACCACGUGAAGAAGCAAAUUGGUCUUCAGUUCUUUCCUCCUGCUGCUGCAGGGACAUGAUAUAUAUAUCAAGGAGAUCUGCUGUGGACUUCCUAUCAAGGGUUCUAAAUCCCUUCAACCUAAAUCCUGUUGAACCGCGUCAUAUCUUCUUUCACGACAAGUACAGAUUAAAGCGGGCAUGAGUGCCUACUGUAUUCUCUCCAUCUCUCUCUCUCUUAUUAAGCAGCCCACAAGGGAAAAGGAAGGUUGUUUCUGUAAUUUUUUUAUAUUAUGAAAAGUCCUGAGCACGAAAAUCCAAGUGUAGUUAAGAAGGUAGAAGACCCGAAAAUAGAAGGGUGGGUUCUAUACUUCUCCAUGUCUGGAAAGAAAAGAGUUAUUCAGCAUGAGAGAUGGUAUAAUUGUAUGACUUAUGUAUUUGCUUGUGUUAUUCAGCUCUUUUAUGUUUAACUUGCUUGUGUAAAUGAUAUAGUUGAAACCUAUUGCCUUUUAUUUUAA